GUAACAUGAAGCAACAACUGGUAAUCGCCGUGUUUCUUUUCACAUUUCAAACUGUGUUUGGUCAUUUAAACAAUGUCUGCACCAGUUAUAGUGCAUACGGGAUUAAAUUAGUUGAUCCGAAAUGCAGCUACAAUUCCGAUCUGUUUUCGACGACUGAUAUAAUUAUUCAAAAUCAUGGGUAUCCAAUGGAGCAGUACACUGUGAACUCAGGAAACAGGUUUUAUCUUAAUAUUUUCCGAAUUCCGUACAGUCCGAUCCAGCCUAACCUGGCAAAUCGUAAACCUAUUUUCCUGCAGCACGGAUCCCUCAGCAACUCGGAUCUGUAUGUCCUAACAGGAAAAUCUUCCAUGGCUAUGCGCCUAUCUGACAUGGGUUACGACGUUUGGCUGGGCAAUAACAGAGGCAACUUUUAUACUUCAUCCAUUAACGGCGAAGAUAAGGCGGAAAGGAGUUAUUGGAAUUUCACAUUGGAUGAUAUGGCUAUAUACGAUCUUCCUCCAGUCUUCGAACUAAUUGCUAAUGUCACCAAGAAGCCAGGAGAAUUAAUUUACCUUGGUCACUCGGCAGCAACUACGGAGGGAAUGAUCUACAAUAUUCGAAUGAAGGAUCACUCUAAGAAGCAUAUCAAAGCCUUUAUUUUCGUUGGUCCUGUGGCUUACAUAAAUAAUACCCCAUUCAUGAAAAUACUCAGAAUAUUAGUGAAGCUUGGAUUCAAUACUUUCGGAGCGAGAAGUAGGGUUCCUACCGAAAUUUGUUCAAUCGAUGGCCCCUCAUGGAGAAUUUGCGUAGACGUCUUUGAUUUGUUCAUCGGUCCCGACAAUAAUAAUUUUCCACCAGAACAAUUGCCUUUCUUGGUGAGCGGCGGAGAUAUCGAAAGUCUAAAAACGUUGAAUCAGUUAGUACAAAUCGUAGAUAGCAAGCAUUUUCAAGCCUACAGAAACAAAGGAGAUUUGAGUACAACAUUCUAUAAUCUUAGUGAUGUCACAAUUCCCACUUAUAUGAUUGUUGGAAAGGACGACGCCUUGGCUACAUAUGACAAUGCUGUAAGAAUGUUAGAAGAGUUGGGAAGUAAACAUAAGAAAUUGUAUGCUAUCGAAAAAUACAACCACAUGAAUUAUUUCUACGCUAAAAAUUUGGAUGUCGCGUUUAAUCCGCUUUUGGACGACGCUUUGGAUAGAAUUGGAAAACUAUGAUAAUUUGAAAUAAUUUUUGUGCGUUUCUGUUUUAGUAUUUCUUUUAGACAAUAAAUUGCUCAGUAUAA